CUGACGAAGACUAGCUGCUGAGUAGUCGCCUGCGACUACUCGGAGGCCUGCCGAAUCGGCCAUGCCAAAAUUCUGCGUCGGUCGCCAUGUGACCGUAACGGGACGAAACAGCUCUCCGGGUGCAGCCGACAAGCAUCGAAAUUCGAGGCAGUUCCUUGAUGAGGUGUUAACAUAGAUAGCAGGAAGAAGCAAGAUUUAGUAGUCGGGAUGGGCAGAGGUCAACGAACCCUCCUGUGCGUACUGUUUUGGAUCCUGGCCUUAGUCGCCGUACCCACCGUCCUGGCACUAAAAUGCAAAACCAUCAACCGGACAGAAAUUGUCAACACGACGCUGGGUCCUGUGCAGGGCUUCCACGAGGUGGUUUUGAACAGGACGAUCUACUUUUUCCUCGGCAUUCCGUUCGCCAUGCCUCCAGUGGGGCGACUGCGGUUCCGCAGGCCCGUUCCUAUCGCUCCCUGGACGAAUGUGCGUGCCGCCAUGAAGAUGCCACCCCGCUGCAAACAGGAAGGCGUUGUCAGCAGGGAGGAUUGCCUCUACCUGAACGUGUGGACGCCAACCAUGAAUACCUCGCGGAAGCUUGACGUCAUGGUGUACUUCCACGGGGGAGCGUUCUCCUUCGAGAGACCGCUUAUCCAGAGAGACCUCCGGUACAUGUCGGCACUGGGCAACGUGGUCGUGGUGAAGAUGAACUACCGCCUGGGAGCGUUCGGCUUCUUCUACAGCGGCCAGGAGCACGCGCCGGGCAACAUGGCCCUCUACGACCAAUACCUGGCCCUGCUGUUCGUCCGCGACAACAUCGCGCUCUUCGGCGGCGACCCCGACAGGAUCACCGCCUUCGGCAACAGCGCCGGCGCCAUGUCCAUCGGCCUCAUGACCACGUCGCCGAUGACGCGGCACAUGAUCAAGCGCGCCAUCAUCCAGAGCGGAAGUCCGUGCGUGUCCAUCAUAGCGCGGAACGCCGACACGCUGCAGCUGGCCGACAAGCUCGCCCAGCUGGUCGGAUGCGCCGUCGAAGGGAUGACCAUCACCACCCACUCUCGCCAGAUCAUAUCUUGCCUGCGGCGCGUCGAGGCGGACAAGAUCGUGGACGCUCAGAAGGUUCUGUUCGAAAACCUCCAGGUGUUCGUGCCGGUCUUCGGCGACGACAUGCUUCCAGUACACAUAUUCACGGCGCUGCAGCGGGGACUGUUCAACAGGGACCUCAAGCUGCUCAUCGGCGUCACACCCGACGAAGGCACCAGCUUACUCAGCUCGGCGUUCCCGCAGUUCUUCCGGCGCGACAGCCAUCGCCAGGUGAGCAAGUCCGAGCUGUUCUCGACCUGCAACCGCACUUUCCUGCACAACUUCUCCAAGUCUCAGCUGCGCCGCAUCUUCUGGAACUACAUGGGCCUGCGGGGCCACAGCAGCUACCUCAGGCAGCGCACCAUCCUGUCCUCCUGCAUCGCCGACUACUUCAUGAUCUGUCCUUCGCACCACUACGCGCAGGCCCUCAGCCGAAAGGGCGCCGACGUGUACUUCUACCUGUUCGCGUACCGCACCAAGAACUCGAUCACCCCUCCCUGGAUGGGCGUGGUGCACACGGCCGAGGUGUACUACCUGUUCGGCGAGCCGUUCUCCACCUCGUGGUACACGGACGAGGAGCGGGAGUUCAGCAGGACCAUCGUCGACAUCUGGGCCACGUUUGCCAGGACGGGGCAGCCGCCGAAGAACCUGCACUGGCCCAAGUACCUGUGGAGCAGGCCGCGCUACCUGCAGCUCAAGCCUCGCAAGUUCACGGCCGGCCGCGGGCCCCGCGACGAGUGGUGCAGACUGUGGCUCAACCCCGACUAUUAAAGACGCGGUCCCCGCGCAGCGUCCGCGGCCGCAGUGACGUCACCACGAAUGGUUCAAGCGCCCGCCAGUCAGCCGAAAUCGCUAAACGGUCGCCACUUCUGUCGCUUCAACUGCUCGCCUGGUAACAAAGGUGUCAUUCACCCUGCUGGCUUGGUGACAAGGAUGCAACCUUGGGCACUUCAUACAUUUCUCGAUCUAGCUGCGCCGGUGUCAUUGGGAGCCGUUCUAACGUCUGGUAACAACGGUGCGACUUGGAACGCUUCAAGCGUCUGAAACUACGUGUGGAUCAAGCGUCCCGACAACGUUGGCGCUACUUCGCGCGUUUCAAGAGCGCGUGUCAGCACGGCAACGUGGGUCUCGUUGUGAGCGUUGCAAGCAAGCGUCCGAAAGCAGUGCGGCUACGCUGGACGCUUCGGGCGUCAGGCAAUCUGGCACUGUGCCGCAUGCAGUGUUGGACGCGAUAAGCGUCCGCUAAUAUAGCAGCGCAGCGUCCCGCGACGGUGCAGUGCCACUUCGGGUGCGUCAAGCGCCUGGACAACGUUACUGCUUUGGCGGACGCUUCACGCGUCCGGUAUCAAUAUUACCACGAUGUACAAAAAAUUAC